UGGAACGUAUCGACUCCACAGGUGGUCGAUAUUUCUGUCAAAUUGACAAUGUAAAUAUUUUUGUCUAGUCAAACAGCCAUUGCAGUAUUUACAUCUCUCGCAAAGAGAAAUUAUUUAUUAAAUUCAGACGUAUUAUGAUAAUACACAUAAUCUAAUCAUGUCAUUCUUACAGUGCAUUAAACCAAAAAUAGAUGGAGAUAUGGAAAACCAUCCAUUAAACAUGGCUCAUCAGCAGCAAAGGCGAGCUGAAUCCCACUUGAAACAUAAUAGAUACGAGGAAGCACUGCAAUGCCAUCACAAUGCCGCCGAACUUCUGCUGGACGCUAUGAAAUCUACGUCAUCAACUGUUGCUUUAGAAUCGAUCUCACUCCAGCACAGCUAUCACCUCAAACAGAAGGACUUGAUUGAAAGCAAGAAGGAACAAUAUGUUCGUGUUAAGAAGGCAAUGGAUGCAAUAAAAAAUAUGAGCAAGGAUCCAAAUAUCGACAUCACGGAUGCUGCGAAGAUUCAAGUCGCGAUAUAUAAAAACAUCAACGAAUCAGAGACAUUGCUCAGCAAAUUGUCACUGAACCAAGAGAUGGCUGUUGGUGAAACCAGUGAUCCCAAAGAGGUGAAAGAGGCUAAGAAAAAAGAGAAAUCACAACAAGUUGUCAUUGAAGAAUUGCAGAUUCUCAGUCAGAAUCUGCACGCUCUGGUUGAGCAGCUAGUAUUGCAAGUGGAAGUUUUAAAGGAUGAAAAUGCUACUUUUAAGGAAAGGGUCAAUUAUUUGGAAAAAGAGAGGAUCAGAUAUUUGAACAUAAUAACUGAAGAGGAUCGUCAUCCUUCGCUGACAAUAAAGAACAAAUAUUUCAUUGAUUCUCCGAGUAAGGAACCUGGCGCGUACAUGAAUGUGGAUUUCAAUGCUUCCAAAGGAAACGAAUGAGUCAUUAUAGUUUAUAAUAUAUUGUUGUUGUCUUAAGAAUGAAUGUUGAAUGUUAAAUGUUAUUUAAUUUAAUAAAUGUAUUUGAUGUUGUGA